AUGAAAAACCCAGACAUCGAGUUCACAAUCUUUGAAGACUGGGAGCUGCACGGCAAGGAGCCGAGGCACGUCUACCUCGGGCGCCUCAUUGCCACCGGCGCGCGCCACCUCAGUCUCAAGUACGACCUCAAGAAGCGCGGGUACAUCAGCACGACCUCCAUGGACAGCGAGCUCGCGCUCGUGACGGCAAACAUUGCGCACGCCGCGCCCGGGAAGCUGUUCUACGACCCGUUCGUCGGCACGGGCAGUUUCCCCGUCGCCUGCGCGCAUUUCGGCGCCCUCGGGUUCGGGAGUGACAUCGACGGCCGCAGCAUCCGUGGAGACGGCGGGAAGAGGACUCUCAAGGGAAACUUCAAGCAGUACGGUCUGCAAAACCUCGUCGGCGAGUUCUGGACGGCGGAUCUGACCAACACGCCUGUGCGGAGAGUCAGGUGGUUGGACGGCAUCGUUUGCGACCCGCCGUACGGCGUGAGGGAAGGGUUGAGGGUGUUGGGGUGCAGAGACCCGGAGAAGACGCCGUGGGUUGUUGAAGCUGGACGGGAACGGUAUAAACAAACGGACUUCAUCGCGCCCAAGAAACCGUACAGCUUCCUCGCGAUGCUCGACGACAUCCUCGAGUUCGCGUCAGACACCCUUGUCGACGGCGGCAGACUAUCCUUCUGGAUGCCGACGGCCAACGACGAGGACCAAGAGAUCCCCGUGCCCAUGCAUCCCAAACUAGACAUUGUUGUAGUCUGCGUGCAACCUUUUAACAAAUGUACGUCUUGUUGCUUCCCUAUACCCCCCCGUUUAGCCAAAAAUAAAAAACUACAAAGCUUGCUUACACUUGCAAAUAGGGUCGAGAAGACUCAUCACAUACCGCCGCAUCCCCGACGGCCAAGUCGACCAGGAGAAGCUGGCGGCCUACAAGCGCAUAUACCAUGA